CGGGAACCAGCAACAAGGCCAGGGCUUUUGUGCUCCGUGUCGUGUGCCCGGGACGCCUGCGUGCCAGAGCGACGUUGCACCCCUGACCCUUUCAGCUGACGGGGCGCGCCGAGGCCCAGGCCAGCCGGCUGGCCAUUCACAAGCGGCAGCAGCUGGGGCGGCACUACACAGUCCUCAGACGCUGGGGCCCGCUUCCUCGUCCACUUCCAGGCAGGCCCGCCGCCAUCAAUCAUUUCACCAAGCCUCCACUCACCUAACCCAACCCAACCUUCUCUUCGUCCUCCCGCAUCCGACACCGACCUACGCCCACCGCCUCCACCACCACCACGGCCGACGACGUGCCUCAGAUACGGUCGACCUACUCGAAAUCAAUCGUCCUGCCCAGGCGACAUUCAUUCACCCCAUCCACGACCACCCUGCGACGCUGUGGUGCAUGUCAAGCGGCCCGACUGCUGCCGACCGUCGCCGGUGACGCGACAGACCUCCCUGUCCCCCCAGACACCCACCCACUCCUUAUCCCGACUGAAAAUCAAUCGCGCCUAUCGAGGACGGCCAUCCGGUGCCAUUCCGCGACUCCAGCCCUCUGUGGCUCCCCGCCGUCUGGACCUUUUGACGCCUUGCCGGUCGCAUCGCUGAGAUUUCACCACCGGCAGAGCAAAGCCUUUGCCACCAUCAGCCGUCAACCCCACCCGCCUCGCCUCGCGACCCACGGCAAGCCAUCAUGUCAUUUAAUCCCCAGACGCCGCAGAGCCCGUCGCAUUUGUCACCUAGCAAUUCCGACGCCGUUUCGGGUGUGCAGAGCACCAUGACCUCAUUCACCACGGCCCUGCCCACUCCCGCACAUUCCAUCAACGGGACUGCCCUACCUUCCGACUCGACCGCUGACGUCAGUAUGGGUGCUGAGUCCCCCCACAAGCGAAAGCGCGUCCAGGAGGACAUCGGAGAGCACGGCCAGAACCAGAAGAGGGUGCAUAUGGACGAUGGCCUGCCGGCCCUCAAGGAUAUGCACGAGGAUGUGGGGGAGAAGUACCUGGUCAUGCAGAAGGCAUGGCAGCCAGCCAAGCCUCUGCUCUCAGAGGACAUCUUUGAGAUGUACGACUUGACAGGCCUCGCCGGGGAGGUGGCUCGCGUGUUGCCCGAUGGGACUAAGAACGCCAUGCGCAAGACCUACAAGGGCCAGAUUAAGAAGCUCGGCCUCAUGGGACACUUCGACCCGGUGAAGAAGGAGCCAAACGACCCCGAAGGAAUCCUGAGCCUGCUUUCCGUACCACCCGAGGAGUUCACGGUGCACUUUGUGCGCGGGAAAGAGAUCGAGGACGGGUUCCGCCCGGAGGUCCAGAAAGUCCUCAAGCAAGCCACCACGAUGGCUCGCGGCACCAUCCCCACCAAGAAGUGGGAUCAGGGGGUUCUCGGCGACUUCGCCGGAGCAUCAAAGGGCUCAGGCUCGGCAAAGGCAACAGCUCCUGGCACGCCCAUGCAUCCUGCAGCCGGCGGCAUCCCUCGGACCAAGGCUCAGGCGGUCGCGGCUCAGGAGGCCGCCAGGCCGCGGAGGGCCGGCAAGAAGAGGAGCUACGGUGACAGCAGCUUCGAGGGCUAUGGUGACGCGUAUGACGACGAGACCGGGGCAGAGACGGGAUACUCGACGGGCGAGGGCGAGGGCACCAAGCGCAGAAAGAAGAAUGCCAAAUCCUUCCAACAAAUUGGAACACCCCGUCAGUCCUAUGGACCUGGCAUGGUUGGUGUCUAAAUUGUGCGACCGAAUCCGAGUCAACAGCUGUGCUCUCCCGAGCCGCACCAGUUCCUCGCUAUUCAAGUCGUCCAAGCCAGUGUAUGCAGAUCGAACGCCCACGUUCCUUCUCGCGGCUUAACGGAAGGAUGAAGCAUUCCAACAAGUCUGCCACGGAGUCGCAGAAGCGAUCGCGUUUGCGGACAUUAGCAGCGCCCCACUGCCGAAUCGCGCAGAGUCGGGCAUUUCGCCGAACGUGUUGCCGGUGUGGAUGUUAUGGUGCUCAUGGUUUAUCGCCGCCUCUUUUCACCAGACAUGAUAUGUCAGGGAGCGAGGCAGAGAGAUAUUUGGCACAGGAGAGUGAUUGUUACAAAAGGUGGUCAUUGGCACGCCUAACAUCAAAAAGGGGGUAGGGGGACAGGGAGGUCCCAGCAGUUUGCGUGCGUCUAGCAGCAGGCGGAAUUUAUUAAUGACCGACAGGACCGAGUUCAUCACUUCUACGACACGACCGGACUGGAGGCUUUCCUGACAGGGACGAGUUUAGAGGCCGUCCCUUUCACUGUUGCAUAUUCUGAAAUUGAAAUCAAGCAUGGCGUUGGGGAUUACUGCUUUUGAAGGUCAGGGGCGCUCUUACGACCCGGGCCACACACCAAAUGACCACAAGUAUUCGGGGUCAAAGAAAAAAAAAUCGAGAUACCAUGGCGCAAAGCAGCUUGCCUGCCCCCUGUUCGGGAUCAUGGCUGGGAUCUCGCUUACUGAUUUUGCGUGGUCACUUUGCGGGUUUGCGCAAAGCUCUUAUACGGGGUUCUGCAGCCGUGGCCUACAUAGAGGAAUACAACAGCGGAAACUAUUGUCUAUUUCUUGUGAGACCGGUUUUGUGUUUUUCCAGUGGUGUGCUCGUCGCUUGGGAGAUGAGCAGAGCAAUGAUGACUGGCUGCUGGAUGAAUUUGGGAAUAUGGCCUUGUCAAUAUGUAUUUUGUGAAUACCUAAAUCCAUGUGAGGCCAUCCGGAGGAG